ACAACAACAGCAGCAGCAGCAGCAACAGCAGCGGCAGUGGCGGCUUACUGUGGGGAAAGUUUUUAGGGCCAUGGCGGAGUCUCAGCUGGUGUGCAUGGAUGAUGAGCACGUUAACGAGAAGGUCCCGGAGUCCAGGCCGGAGUUUUACUACAGCGAGGAGCAGCGCGCGGCCCUGGAGCAGCUGCUGAGGAACGGGGACGGAGCCUUCAAGAUGCGCCUCCAAGAGGACAACACCAAAGACUUCCUCUGCGCCAGGGAGGUCAAACUCAUCCGCAAAACCUUCCAGGAGUACGACACGGACAGCGACUCCGAGUCCGGAGAGCAGGACAAGUCCAAGGGCUCCUCCAGCGCGGACUCCGGGGUCCACUCCACCUACUGGCCCCAGAUGUCCGACACAGAGGUCCCGACUCUGGACAUCGGCUGGCCCGGCAGCAGCGGCGUCUAUAAGGGGGUGACCCGGGUGUCCGUGUACACCCACCCCCCAAAAGAGCAGGCACCGCACAUCAAGGCGGUGGUGAGAAAGCUCAUUCAGGAGUCACACAAGGCAGUGGCCAUCGUAAUGGACCUCCUCACAGACCUGCAGAUCCUCCAGGACCUGCUGGAUGCUUCGUCACGGCGUGGCGUGGCUGUUUACGCUGUGCUGGAGGCCAGGGGAGUGCCCCACUUUCUGGAUAUGUGCUCUCGGCUGCAGAUUAACGCGAUGCAUCUGCGGAAUCUCCGUGUGCGGAUGCUGAAAGGUGCAGGGCUGGCCCUGUCCUUUGGAAAACUGCCAGGCUCCUUGUGCUCCAAAUACAUGCUGGUGGAUUUAGAGAAGGUCAUGUUCGGAUCUUACAGCUUUUCGUGGAGUUCGUCUCGCCUGGACAGGAACACAAUCACAGUGAUGUCGGGACAUAUUGUGGACUUCUUUGACAACGACUUCCGGGAGCUGUACGCCGUGUCUGACCAGGUGGACCUCUACAGGGAGUUCAACAUCACCAAACCGCCUCUUCCUACACCUGUGAUGAAGCCAAAGGUGGAGCACAUCCGGCCUCUGCCUGUCUCUGCAUCUCGUUUUCAGGUAUCAGUCGGGGACUCCAGGCACGUUGACCUGAAAGUUCCUGCACAUAAGUACCACAAUCCCAAGUACUCGCUGGUUUUUGGGAACAGUUUGGGUCUGACAGGUUCGCUACAGGAUCUGUCGACUCCGAGGGACUCGCUGAUGGGUGGUUUGAGCCAGAGGAACGGCCUGCAGAACGGCUUCCUUAAUGCCAGCAGGGAAAAGCUGGACCGAGUCUCCCCACAGAGUCCUGGCUCGCCUACGGAGGGGGAAGAUGAGGAUGGAAAAGGAGACCAGAAGAAGAACCAGGUGGCUGGACCCAAGAAGCGGAGUUCCUUCAGACACUUCUUGAAAGGCAGAGGAGCCAAUCCGAGUACAGAGACUAUCGAGGAAGGCAAGGUCACUCCUCAGAGCCCCUCCCCCACAUGUAAAGUCUCAGAGGCCAAUGGGGUCGGAAGAGGCGAGUCCGAGGACUCGUUCGAGAUCAUUGAGAAACCAGGACCACUGAAAACCAAAAGCAAGAAGCCAUCAAAGUUAAUCCAGAGAAGUCUGUCUCUGCAGACCAUCAGCAUGGGAGACGAAGACGGAUUCAAAAAUCGCCGCCGACAUCAGAAGAAGAACUGCAUCCAGUCCUGAGAGGGAAAACACGAGGACUUUCUGACACUUGAGGAUCUGGUUGAGUCUCACAGCAACCAGCCAACGUUUCUUUAUGAGAAACAGGUGUAAUCGGUGCCUCUGGACACGUACGCUGCUUCAGGCUACGCUGAAGGUUUCCACUAACGACACGCUGCAGCUGAACUUCCUCCAGAAAUUUUUCGCCAAAGUGCUCAUGGGAGAUUUUAUUGCCACUUUUUUUUUUUUCCUACAAAUUUUUGUAUUAAAUUAUUUUACAAGUGUUGCUUUAAUGUUUUACAAUAAUGAACACAGAGAGAGUGGCCGAUGACUGAUCCAGGUGACGUGGAUGGAUUACAGCUGUUAGGUAGUCUGGUCUCCAUGGAGACAGGAGAAGUGAUCAGAUGCGGUGUUGUACCUGCGUGUCACCUUACUGAGGACUCUUGGUAACAGAGUAAGUGUUUAUGGGAGUGUGUUGUACAGGCUGUGAAUAAUGCAUGAGGACCUGUGCGCCUGCACUUUGGGAUUUUGUUUUUAUACGCAGGUGAAACAGGUGGAGAAUAAAAUGUGAAUCCUUGAGAACCACUUGAGAUGCAAAUGAUCUGAACUCUGUAGCGGAGAUUGAAUAAAAAUAAAUGUGGA